AUGUACUACCCUAUGUUGAACAAGUUCUUCGAGACCUUCUUCCGCGGGGACUUCCCCAACAAGGGCAAGCAGGUGUACCAGGAUCAUGUUGACGAAGUCCGCAGCCUGGUUCCACCUGAGCGUCUGUUGGAGUACAAGAUUAGCGAUGGCUGGGGCCCUCUGUGUGAAUUCCUGGGAGAAGACGUCCCCGACACUCCAUUCCCCCGUGGAAAUGAUAUGGCCGACUUCUUCAAGCGUUGCCGUACCCGCAACAGGCACCAGAUGAUGAAUGCUGCCCUGCAAGCUGUCACGAUGGGUGGAGCCCUCCUGGCAACCGGAUUGGCCGCUACUAUGGCUUUCAAGCGCUUCUGUCGGUGA